ACAUGCAGACGCCCACAGAGGACUGUAAGGUUCUGGUGAUGUCAGAAGUCACAGAGGGAGGUGAGGUGGAAUAUCUGAGCAUGUACCAGGGAGGAGGGGCGGUUUGUAUAAAUACAGGAGUGUGAUGGACAGCGAGGAUUUAGUGUGUCUGUGCAAGACACCAUCAGAAAGAGAUCUGCAAUGGCUAACUACAGUGCUUUGAUCAUUGAUUUGGAUGUCAGAAGUCGUGAGAACAACUCGGCCCACCACACCAGGGAGAUUGAUGGAGAGCGUUUGAUUGUCCGCAGAGGUCAACCUUUCUCCAUAACUCUACAGUGCUCCGACUCUCUGCCUCCCAAACACCACCUGGAACUGGUCCUGCACCUCGGUCGGAGAGACGAGGUGGUGAUCAAGCUUCAGAAGGAGCGAGGAGCUGGAGACAAGUGGUGGUUUCACCAGCAGGGAGCUCAGGAUGAAAUACUGCUGACUCUGCACAGUCCAACGGACGCCAUCAUUGGACAAUACCGUCUGGCUGUGCUGGUGAUGUCACCGGACGGACGCAUUUUAGAGAAAAUGGACAAAACUAGGUUCCACCUGCUGUUUAACCCGUGGUGCAAAGAUGAUGUGGUUUACCUGCCUGAUGAGAGUCAGCUCCAGGAGUACGUAAUGAACGAAGACGGAACCAUUUACAUGGGAUCCUGGGAUUACAUCAGAAGUAUUCCCUGGAAUUAUGGACAGUUUGAUGACGAUGUGAUGGACAUCUGUUUUGAAGUCCUGGACAACUCCAAAGAGGCCCUGAGAAACUCAAAGAUGGACACUGAGCGCAGAUCUGACCCCGUCUAUGUCGGCAGAAUGAUCACAGCGAUGGUGAACUCUAAUGGUGACAGAGGUGUGCUGACCGGACGUUGGACUGAGCCGUACUCUGAUGGAGUCGCACCAUAUCGAUGGACCGGCAGCGUGCCGAUCCUCCGACAGUGGAGCAAGGCUGGGGUCCGAGCGGUUAAAUAUGGCCAGUGUUGGGUGUUUGCUGGUGUCGCAUGUACAAUGCUGCGCUGUCUGGGAAUCCCAACACGCCUCAUCACCAACUACUCUUCAGCCCACGAUGUGGAUGGAAACCUCUCUCUGGACUUUCUGCUGGAUGAAAAUUUGAGGAGCAUAGACAGCAGAGACAGCAGCUGGAACUUCCACUGUUGGGUCGAGUCCUGGAUGAAAAGAGAUGAUCUCCCCAAAGGAAAUGACGGCUGGCAGGUUUUGGACCCCACCCCUCAAGAACUGAGUGAUGGUGAGUUCUGCUGUGGUCCGUGUCCAGUGACGGCCAUCAAGGAGGGAAAUCUGGCAGUAAAGUACGAUGCUCCGUUUGUGUUCGCUGAGGUCAACGCUGACAUCACCUACUGGAUGGUCCAAAAAAAUGGACAACGCAAGAAGAUCAGAGUGGAUCAGAGCAGUGUGGGGAGGAACAUCAGCACCAAAAGUGUUUUUGGAGACCACAGAGAAGACGUCACUCUGCACUACAAAUAUCCUGAAGGCUCCAGGAAGGAGAGAGAAGUGUUUGAGAAGGCGGGUCAACCUUUCCCCAAGCCGACCAAUGAGAGCACAGAACCAGGACAAAUGCAGCUGUCAAUCAAGCAUGCUCAGCCUGUAUUUGGGACAGACUUUGAUGUGGUUGUUGAGGUGAAGAAUGAAGGAGGCAGAGAUGCUGUUGCUCAGCUCACCAUGUUGGCCACAGCUGUAACUUACAAUUCUCUCCACCGGGGGGAGUGUGAGAGGCAGACGACCACUGUGACUGUACCAGCUCACACAGUCCACAAAGAAAUGCUACGUCUGCAGUACGAUGAAUAUGCCAGGUGUGCCUCUGAGCAUCAUUUGAUCCGGAUGAAAGCAUUUUUAGAGGCUCCAGGGGAGAACGAACCCGUCAUGACUAUGGCCGACAUCCCACUGAGCACACCUGAGCUCCACAUACAGGUUCCUGGUAAGGUUGUUGCAUGCCAGCAAGUGAUGGCGUAUAUCUCCUUCACCAAUCCUCUACCAGUCCCACUGAAAGACGGUGUUUUCACUGUGGAGGGGGCCGGCCUGCUGUAUGCCACUGACAUUCAUGUUAAAGGUCAUAUAGCUCCAGGCCAGAAGGUGUCUGUGAAGCUUACCUUCUCACCCAUGAGAGUCGGGGUGAGGAAGCUCCUGGUGGACUUUGAUUCAGACACAUUGAAGGAUGUGAAGGGAGUCGCCACUGUGGUCGUCCGCAAGAAGAACCACUGGAAGCCACGUUUAGUGGACCAGAUUACAUACAUUCUUAGUUAGUUCUGAUUUGAAAACUUGCCUAUUCUGAUGGAAAUAUAGCAAACUUUACUUUGUAAGGGGCAGUAAUGGUGGCAUCAAAAAACUCUCAGAUGAGUAUCAUACACAUGCUGUACAUUUUGUUACUUUAUUGCAUCUUUUGUGCUGUUUAUGGGUGGGAAUAUGAACACAUUAUGGUAGUUAAAACAUUGUUUGUAAUAAUAUUUCAUUUGUAACAAUAAAUCUUAAUUUGUUUAUGAAAAAUUGCUGUUUGAAUACAACAUCAAGACCCUGAUAUGGGCAUCAUUUUGUUUAAAAGUUCAUGUAUUUACAAUAUUCACAAUACAUACAAGAAGAACAUACGCUUAAAUAUAGGUGAAUAAAGGACUUUCAAAAGACAA